AUGGAGUCUGUCUCUCAACAACGGCCGCCAGUACCCGCCAGCGGGUCUCACCCUCAGGCUCUGCCAUCCAUCGCUUCUCUUACCAACAGCCUUUCUCCGUCUGAACAGAGCCCAGUUCGAUUCAGACAGCAUUCCGAGUCUCGCGAAGCUCGUGAUUCCGGUAGUUGGUCCAUCUCUCAGAGCAAACACUCCUCGACCGUAUCCAACAACAUGGGUUUACAGUUGCAGACAAUCCUCAAUGCUGAGGACUCGCCGACACGCAAUGUACCUGACACGCCGUCUUCAGUCAGGCACCAGGCUGCCCACCCUCAACAACACAAUGCGCCCUUCCCUUCCCUCAACCAGGGCUUUGGCGACAACCGCUUGAGCAUCGAUGCAGGCUCACACUUCGACUCUCGACGCAGUAGCGUGGACAGCCGCAUGAAUGUAGGAAUGGGCCACCUUCAAAUUAGCCCUUCUUCGCCGUACGACAGCCAAAACACGUCGCGAGUUUCACUUGUCUCCAAUCUCCAGGCACAGCGAGGUAUCACCAAUCCUGAUGCACGCAUCAAUGGUGCCUCCCCACUGUCGCCGCCGGCCCGCAACAGCGUUCUCCGUACUAACCAUCCUCCUCGCCGGGCGCCCGUCAUCAACCCAAAUCCUCGAAGCGUGUCGGGGAUGCCUGAUCCAAUGGCUCCCGCCCCCACGAAGGGCUACGCUUGGGCUUUUCCUGCCGAGUUUGAGCCUGAAGAAAGGCGGGCAUCGAGCAGUGGUGAGUCUAGCGCAGGGAACUCAAAUGUUCCGUCACGCCAGAAUAGCUUUGCCACAUCCAUCAACAGUAGCAUCUACACCACAGAUUCACAUCUUCCCUCUGGACAGAAGCGAUUGGACAAUGAUGUCUCUACAACUCAUCAUCACUCCAUGCAACACCGCAGUGUCACAAGUCUCCAAGGUAUCGACCAUGCAGCUCUUGCUCAAGGCAGCGGAAAUUAUAGCAGGACCCCAGAGCUCCGUAUCAGCCACAAGAUGGCCGAAAGAAAGCGUCGAAGUGAAAUGAAGAACUUGUUCGAUGAGCUCAACAAUAUACUUCCCAACUCUCCUGGAAGCAAAUCAAGCAAGUGGGAGAUUCUCACAAAGUCCAUCGAAUACAUCAGGACACUUGGCAGGGCACACGAAACUGCGCGAGCUGAGAAUGCACGACUUCGACCCGAAGCCGACUUUUCCAGACGCGCACAAGAGGAGAACGAACUGCUACGGAAUGAGCUCACAGCCGUCUGGAGCAACCUGCGCCGUCUUGAUCCCAACAACCCGCAUAUCUACGGAAGCAUGACGGGUAUGCUUGCACAACAACAAGGCAACACACCAGCAUCGACCAACAACGUGCUGCCACCACUACAGCAGCAGCAGCAGCAGCAGCAGCAGCAGUCCCAGGCGCAGCCUCCACCACCCCAACCCCAAUGGGGUGCACCUGCACCUACGGCUAUGCAGGGUGUCGAAUUUGGUGGUAUCCGACCUUACGAGCACCCACAUCGUUGA